CUUAAAGAAAGACGUUGACCAAAACCAAUCAGUAUUUCCCCCAUUUAUAAUUAUAGAAAGUGCUUUUGAUUUCUUACGUUCUUGAAGAUCAAAGGUAACUACUGAUUCUUUAAGCCUUCAUUAAGUAUGUCUUGUGCUUCUUUUUCAUUCUAUUUGAUAAUUUAAACUUCAUUUCCAGGUUUUUUUUUUUUUAAAUAUAAACUUCCAUGCUAAUUAUUGUUCUUCUUUUUCAUUGUGUAGUUGACAUCAGAUCUGACUGCUGAGCAGCUGAAAAGUGCUUUUUGGACCAUCAUGGACGCUUUUCUUGGGAAGUUUGUUGAUUUUGCAGUAAAUAAGGUCAAAAGUAUCACUGACUUUGAUGAGAAUUUGAAAACUCUAGAAAGAAAUGUAAAGCUAUUAUCAGAUAGAGCAUCUGAUGUGGAGACAGAUGUUGAGAAUCUAGAGCGAUAUGGGAAGAAGAAGAGGAAAAGAGAAGUUGGUUCUUGGUUUGACGAGGUUAUGAAGGUCAAAGAAGGAUUACAUGUGUUAAAAGAAGAAGUAGCAAGAGGGAAGAAAAAUGGAGGUGCUUUGGAGAAGAUGAAUGGAAGGGUUGGAGAACUUCUUGAGCAAAGUAAACAUUUUGGAACGCUCGUACAUGAUAUGUAUGAGAGCGAGGAGUGUCUUUUACUGGCGCCUCAAGUUCACGAGGAAAAAUCAAAACAAAAUUUAGAAGUGAUUUGGACGUGGUUACAUGUUGAAAAUGUCUCAAGCAUCGGUAUAUAUGGCAUGGGAGGUGUGGGCAAAACGACUUUGGCAAAGCAUAUACAUAAUCGUCUUGUUAAUGAGAGUUAUAAAGUCUGUUGGGUUACUGUUUCUCAAGGUUUUAGCAUCAAAAGAUUGCAAGAUGUUCUUGCCAAAAUUGUAAAACUGGAUCUUUCCGAUGAGGUUGAUGAGCAGAUAAGGGCAGCCAAAUUAAACGGGGCAUUCAAAGAAGGGAAGAACAUUGUUAUCAUAUUGGAUGAUGUCUGGGAUCGCCUUAGCUUGGAGAAGUUGGGUGACCCUCUUGGUGUGGAAGGCUGUAGACUGAUUCUAACUACUCGCUCGUGUGAAGUCUGCCAAAAGAUGGGUUGUAAGAAACUUUUUGAAGUGGAGAAACUCAACACUGAUGAUGCUUGGGAGUUGUUCAAGAAGAGUCUAGGAGACGAGACUCUGCUUAGUCCAGAUAUCGAGCCAGUUGCCAAAUCCAUGGCAAGAAGGUGCAAGGGCUUGCCACUCGGGCUCAUCACUUUGGCAGGAAGCAUGAGAGGGGUGACUGAUAUAAGGGAGUGGAGGAACGCUUUGAAAGAAUUUCCCGAUGACAUGGAAAGUGAUGUCUUCAAGGUACUGCAGUAUAGCUAUGAUCGGUUGAGAAAUACAAAUAUGCAAGAGUGCUUCUUGUACUGUGCUUUGUAUCCCGAGGACGAUGAAAUUGAUAGAGAUGAACUAAUUGAUAGAUUUAUCAUGGAGGGACUGGUGAAGGGAAAUAGUAGGCAAGAAGAGUUUGACCAGGGGCAUACCAUAUUGAAUAAACUAGUGAAGGUCUGCUUACUUGAAGCAACUCAUGGCAUAUAUGAUGGUAAGCAUUGUGAAGCAGUAAAGAUGCAUGAUUUACUUAGGGAAAUGGCAUUGCGGAUAACAAAUGUUAAACCAAGGUACAUGGUAAGGACUGAAUUAAGAUCACAAGUGCCGGAGGAGCAAGAUUGGGCAUUCGAUUUGGAUAAAGUCUCUUUUCUUAAAAGCUACAUACGGGGAAUCCCUGAAGACAUGGCACCGAAUUGCCCAACAUUAUCAACCUUGCUUUUUCGUUGUUGUAGGUUGAGAAGUAUCCCGGAAUCUUUCUUUCAGCAUAUGAACAACCUCCAAGUACUCGACUUGAGCAGCAACUCAGAGCUUAUGGAUUUGCCGAGUUGCAUUUCUAACUUGGGAAGUCUUAGAGCACUCUUGCUCCGAGGAUGUAAACAGCUCAGAUCUAUACCACCACUGGGAAAGCUCAAAAAUCUAAGGGUGUUAGAUAUAUCUGGAACUGGUAUUGAGGAAGUACCUCAAGGCAUGGGAAACUUGGUCAAGCUUAAAUUUCUAGAUAUGGGUCGAAUAGAUCUGCCAAAGGAGAUAUUUCCUAAACUUUUCCAGCUUCAAUACCUCAAUCUUCCUCUAUGUGUGAAUGCACAAGUUGAAGACUUGGCCAGCUUGGAGCUGCUCGAAGUAUUUGGAGGCCGGUUCCGCGAUUUGCAUAACUUCAACAAGUUCAUGAGAAGUCGUCGUAACUAUGAGAAAGAUUGGUGGUAUGACAUACUCAUAGGGCCAAAUUCGUCCUUUCCCUAUAGCAUUGACCAUGAAAAUCAUAAAAUCAUCAAAGAAAGAAGAGUGAUCGUAAAAGAUUGCACCAUUGAAGCAGGUGGAGGAGAAGCACCAACAUCAAUUAUUCUUCCACAUUGCAUUCAAAUUCUACGUAUUGAAAACUGCCAUGGGCUGAGUAGCUGCUUCGUGGACAAUUUUCUGUCACAGACUACUUUAAGAGGCUUGAACUGCACCAUCCACUUUUGUGAUGACAUAAAAUGGAUUAUCAAUGUGUCCUCUGGUAGAAAUACUACUACAGAUCCACACUGCAUAUGUUUCCAUAGUCUGACUGUUUCUUGUUUGCCAAAUCUUGUUGGGCUUUGUAAGGGAAAUAUUGCAUCUCACACCUUCUCGGGUCUCACAGUAUUGAGUAUCAAAGAUUGCAAUAAGAUGAAGAAGUUGUUUCCACGGGCUAUCUUUCCGGAUCUCAAAAACCUUGAGAAGCUUUAUGUAUAUUGGUGUAAAGAGAUGGAAGAGAUAAUAGCAGAGGAAGCAACAGACCAAGAUGGAAGUAGCCAAUUAGGUACAAGUAGUGACAUUCUCAUCCUUCCAAAGCUAAAAGAGCUCAGACUGUCCACCCUGCCUAAAUUGAAGAGUAUCUGUGAGGGAAAACUCAUCUGUGAUUCCCUUGAAUCGAUGAGCUUUUUUAAGUGCCCCAAGCUGAAGAGGCUGCCUUUCUAUGCUCCCACUACAAAUGCACAUCCUUUUCCAGCCCUUAGAGAAAUCGUCGUUGAUGAAAAUUGGUGGGAAACAUUGGAGUGGGAACAAUCCCAUCUCAAGACCCUCUUCCAACCUUAUGUGCGCCACUAAGAGUCCAUUUGGAGCUUCUUCUUUUUUAAUUUAUAAAAAAGAAACGUUUGUUUUGUUCUGUGUUUAAACAAUUGUAUUGUAUUAUUGUAUAAAUUUUAAAUUUUGAUACCUCUGUUUCUUCU